GAGUGAAGCAAAUGGGAGUGACAAUGGGUCUGAAUCUGCUGCUGCUGAUGGCUAUGGUGGCCACCAACAUACUCUCACUCUACCACCUCUCCUCUACUCUCCAAACCCCAAAACCACCAACUCCCCAGCCAGUCCCUGACCAUCUCCUCCACCAGCUCCACACCAUACGCGCCACCAUCAACCACCUCACGCGCCACCACCCAUCUCCCUCUACCUCCACCGCCAAAACAACCAAACCCACCGUCCCCUCGGAUCUCCUCCUCUACUCUCAGCUCUCCCCCAUCGCCUCCUCCUGCCACGACCACCCUGAUCUCCUCCACAAGUACAUGACCUACACCCCCUUCUCUCUCUGUCCGCUGGACUCCGACCUCGCCGAGUCCCUCAUUCUCCGCGGCUGCCACCCGCUCCCCCGCCGCCGCUGCUUUACCAGAACCCCACCAAAGCCCUCUUCUUCUCUCCCCAUGAAUCCGUUUCCUCCGUCGCUUCCUGACUCCAAUGUCGUGUGGGCCAAGUAUUCCUGCAAAAGCUUCAGCUGCCUCGGCGGCAAAAACCCAAAUUUGGGCUUCGACAUGCCUCACGAAUUGUCCAACUUCAUGACUUACAAGUCGGAGCUCGACCUCCCGAUCCCUCAGCUCUUCCAAAUCGCCAAAGCAGCCAACUCGGUCCUCCGUCUCGGCAUCGACAUCGGUGGCGGAACUGGGACAUUCGCGGCGAGGAUGAAGCUCUACAAUGUCACCAUUAUCACGACCACCAUGAACCUUGGAAUCCCCAACAAUGAGGCGGUGGCGCUGAGGGGGUUGGUGCCAAUUCACGCUCCGCUGCAGCAGCGGUUGCCGGUGUUCGACGGAGUGGUGGAUCUGGUGCGGUGCGGGCACGCCGUGAACCGGUGGAUACCGGUGACGGCAUUGGAGUUUUUGCUGUUUGAUGCGGAUAGAGUGUUGAGGGGAGGAGGGUACUUGUGGUUGGAUCAGUUUUUCAGCAAAGGGGUGGAUCUUGAAAAGGUUUUCGGGCCGUUGAUUGGGAAAUUGGAGUACAGGAAGGUGAAGUGGGCUACGGCGAGUAAGAACGAUUCCGGUGGGUUGAAGAAUGGCGAGGUUUACUUGUCUGCUCUGCUCCAAAAACCCGUCUCGAAAUGAGGCUGCAAUUGGAGUAACUUACAAUCCGACUGACAUGGGGGUUUUGUGCUUGGGUUGCAGGCAUUGCUGCCGAUCUUUGCUGUUCACGAAUUACCUCUCCUGAGAAGAUGGGCGUCCUUCAUUGAGCAACGAAACGGUAUAUUUACAUUCUCCGAUCUGAAGCGUGUUACGCCUUUUGCUACUUGUUACAGAUGCAAACAAUCAUCGAACGUCACAAGAUUUGUAUGGUAGGCCGGGUGUAAAUUCAAAAAGGGAACCAAGGGAGAAGCAGAAAAUUAAGCGUGUUCAUUGGUAACCCUCAGUUAACGUUAUUUUGUAGGAUUACUCUUGACAAAUUGUAAUAUUUAUUCCAAUUAAUUCUUCAUAAAUGAAUCUGCAUGACUA